AUGGCUCCAGCUCUUAGAAAACGUGUACCGCCGAAUAGAAAAGAGGAGGAAAAAAAGGAAGAGGAGAGAAGAAAGGAAGAAGAGAAAAAGAAGAAAAAGACUGGAAAGAAAUUGGAAAAAGCUGGAAAUGCCGUCGUAAAUGCUGUCAAAGAAGCAUCGAAAAGGGCUGGUAAGAAAAUCAAAACUAUUGUCCAAAAUAAGCCCAAAGGUUUGAAGCCGAAAAAACGCGGAGCUAAAAAGGUUGUGAAAAAGAGGAGAAAUGAAAGAUUGCCGGAAAAUGUGGAUGAAAAUCCAGCGGAAAAUGUGGAUGAAAAUCCAGCGGAAAAUGCGCCGAGAGAAGAACAAGAGCGUGCGUUCAAUGGUGAGGCUGAAUUUGCGAGAGCCGAAAGGAGACGCAGAAGAAGUCGAACCAAGACUCAGAAUAAUAUAAGAGCUCAAAAUCUUCUGGCUCGCAACUCACCGGUAAGAAUUGUGUCAUUUAUCGAUUUAAAAAAAAUCAUUUUUUCAGCGUAUCCCAUUUAUGUUGAACAUCACGCAAUCAGGAUCAGAAAAUGAAGAUGAAAUCGAUGAUAUAAAUGAGGAUUUGGGAAAUUUGAAUAUUGGUGGAGAUAAUGCUCCGAAUGGUGCGGCAAUUGUUGGAAAUCAGGAAGAGGAAAAUGAGCGUGUUGGGAAUAGAGGUGAAAAUGAUGGAAAUGGUGUUGAUCAAGGUGUUGAAAGAGGUUUGGAUGUUGGAGAUAAUAAUGUUGGAAAUGCUGAUAUUGGGCAAAGAGAUGAGGAUCGAAAUGUUGGAGUUGGCAUUGCGGAAAAUGCGGAGAAUAAUGCUGGGGAAAACGCGGAUAAUAUUGUAAAUGUUGGAGAACCGAUGGGAAAUGCAGAAGAGAUUCCAAUAGAAGUUGAACCGGUUGAAGUCGAAAAUUCUGGAGUUAAUGGAACAAAGAAGAAGAAGGCGGUUAAGAAUUACGGACUUAUCGUGAGUUUGGAUAAGAUGCAUGAAUAUUUUUAAUAAUUUGCUUUUUUUCAGCGUACCAGAAGCGGAAACGAUCUGAACCACACGAAAAAUUAUAUUUGGCAAAAGAGAACGCCGAAAAAGGAGGAGAAGAAUCUGGAAUGGCUCAGCCUUGAAUCUAGAAAACUCCACAAACAAUACGAGCCGUGGCGCCCAAGAGGUGGAUUCGGCAAGAAGUACGAUUCUUCACAGUUCCCGAAGCCCGGUCAAAUCGAUUACGAAGCACCAGAAGAAGAUGAUGAUCCGAAUAAUGGACAAGGUGGACAAGGUGGAAAUGGAGGGAAUGGUGGCGGAAAUGUUGGCGGCGGGAAUGGCGGCGGCAACGAAAACGGCCAAGCUAAUUGA